AUGGAUCCUUCUUACACUAGUUGGGUCUUCCAUGGUGAAAGUUAUACCCCACAAUUUCAAGAAGAAGGUAGAUCAGGAGGAGUUCAAGUAGAUGAUGAUAAAACUAGAGAGGAAUAUCACUUAUAUAGGAAUGUCUUUGUGUCGGAAGAAGAGGUUGGACACACUAUAUCUGAGGCAAAGGAUUAUGAAUUUGCUGAUUUAUUAGAAGAUGCAGAAACUCCUCUCUUCCCUGGUUGCACAACUUACACAAAGCUGCCAGCAGUCGUCACAUUAUACAAUUACAAGUCUACUAAUGGUCACACUGACAACAGUUUCAAUGAGCUCCUUAAGAUCUUAGGUGGCAUGCUUCCAGAAAAAAACACACUUCCAGAAACUGUUUAUUUAAUGAGAAAGAUGUUGAAACCAUUUGAUUUAGAAUAUGAGAAGAUUCAUGCUUGCCCAAAUGAUUGUUGUCUAUUUAGAAAGGAGUUUAAAGAUUUGGACUCAUGUCCAAAGUGUGGUUCCUCAAGAUGGAAGGUGGACAAAAUAACCUCCAAAGUUCAUAAAGGAGUUCCUGAAAAGGAAAAUCUUAUGCUAACAUUAUUGAUUCCAGGCCCAAAACAACCUGGAAAUGAUAUAGAUGUCUACUUGGAACCCCUUGUGGAGGAUUUGAAAGAGUUGUGGGACACAGGUGUAGAGGCUUAUGAUGCAUUUAGCAAAUCAAUGUUUAAUCUGAAGGCUAUUUUGAUGUGGACGAUCAAUGAUUUUCCUGCUUACGGAAAUCUAGCUGGAUGUACCACAAAAGGAAAAGUUGGUUGCCCUAUAUGUGGUGAAGACAUAUGUUCAAUGUGGCUUAAGUACAGUAGAAAGUUUGCAUACAUGGGUCAUAGGAGAUUUCUUGCUGCUGAUCAUCCAUUUCUGAAAGAUAUUGAAAAUGAUUGGGGUAAAAAACAAAAGGGUCAGACUAUCAAUACAUUUCAGAAAAAGAGGAAGACGCCGGAUAAUUCAAAAAGGGGGCUUCUGUUACGUCACAACUUAGAUGUGAUGCAUGUUGAAAAGAAUGUUUGUGAGAAUAUCAUAGGCACAUUGUUAAACGUGAAGAAAAAAAUCCAAAGAUGGUUGAAGAAAAUAAAGCUACCCGAUGGUUAUAGCUCAAAUAUUGGUAAUUGUGUUUCUUUAGAAGACCGUAAACUUAUUGGACUGAAAUCUCAUGAUUGUCAUGUUCUAAUGCAACAAUUGCUAUCAGUUGCAUUGAGAAAUCUUUUAUUGAAAGGUCCACGCAAUGCUCUAUUUUUGUUGUGUGCAUUUUACAAUGAAUUAUGUCAAAGAGUGUUAGAUAGAAACUGUUUAGAACAACUCGAGGAGAAUAUUGUGCAAACUCUAUGCAUGUUGGAAAGAUUUAUGAAAAUACUUAAAGGUUAUGUGAAGAAUCGAGCAAGGCCAGAGGGUUGUAUAGCUGAGUGUUACCUCGCAGAAGAAAGAAUGCGAUUUGGUAGUGCUUAUAUUAAAAAAGCUGCUAGUAUUGGUGUUCGUUCUAAUCGGAAUGCAGAUUUGGAGACUGGAUUAUUCGAAGGUCGCCCAAUUUCUCAAGGAAAAGUUAAGAUUUUAGAAGACCAUGUGUUACAAGCUGCAUAUCGAUAUGUGUUGUUCAAUACUGCAGAAGUUGAGCCUUACUUACAAAUGCACAUUGAGGAGCUUAAACAAGUAGAUCAUCGUUUCAUAAGGAAUGAAGGGUUGUUACAGAAACAACAUAUGGAAACAUUUGCUCAAUGGCUAUCAAAACAUGUUCCUAUUACCUCUUCAGGCAGAAUUCAAUGGCUAGCACAUGGUCCAAGAAAGCAUGUUAUAUCUUAUACAGGUUAUAUUAUAAAUGGAUAUCGGUUCCACACAAUUGAUGUUGGAAGGUCGACACAAGAUAGUGGUGUUUCAAUUGAAUCAGAUACUGUUUGUCAAUCUAGUGGUAAUGAUUAUUCAUAUACCAUAGGAAGGUUAUCAUACUAUGAGGUUAUACGAGAUAUUAUUGUACUAGACUACUAUUCUUUCAAAGUGCCUGUCUUUAGGUGUGAUUGGGCCAAUCAUGGAAUUGGUAUUAAAAUAGAAGAUGGUUUUACACUGAUCAACUUACACCAAGGACUAAGUACUUUUGAAAGUGAUCCUUUCAUUUUAGCAUCACAAGCAAAGCAAGUAUUCUAUUUUAGGGACGAUGAUGAAUCAAAUUGGUAUGUGUUGCUAAAAGCGCCGCCUCGGGGUAUUCAUGACAUGAAUUUGAUUGAAGAGGAUGCCUAUACAUCAUCAACACCUCUUGAUGUGUCUAGACUUGAGAUUAACAUUACCGAGAAUGAACCAUAUGUAAGGAAUGAGUGUGAGGGAAUUGAUGUAACUGAUCCAUGA